AUGGCACAAACCUCACAGACCUUCUCUGUACCUGUUAUAUUUACCGAGCUCGACCAUGAGCCAAAGAACACCUGGAUUGAAUAUGGAGCCCCUGAGAGGAGAACCCUUGCCAAAGGAUGGGCCAAAGAAGAGGGUCGGAAGGCAUUUACAGUCGAUACAGUCUGGGAGAAGGAUAUCCGUAUUCCACUCCGAGAUGGUGUCGAGCUCUUAGCUGACGUUUUUCGUCCACUCACAUCCGACCACAAACCUGUCCCAGCUAUUAUGCCCUGGAGCCAUUAUGGCAAGACAGGAACCGGUAUCCAGCAACUCGAUAUGUUUCCGUGGAGAGUCGGCGUGCCUCGCUCUGAGACAAGUGGUCUGGAAAAGUGGGAGGCUCCUGACCCUGCUGAGUGGACUGCCCGCGGUUACGCGGUUGUCAACAUCGACGCUCGGGGGUCUUUCAAAUCCGGUGGUGAUCUCUAUGUGUAUGGGACUCAAGAAGGCCGUGAUGGUUACGACUGUAUCGAGUGGAUCGCGCAGCAAGCUUGGUGCAAUAAGAGGGUCUCCAUGGCCGGGAACUCAUGGCUUGGGACAACGCAAUGGUUCAUCGCUGCUGAACAACCUCCUCAUCUGGCUUGCAUGGCACCUUGGGAGGGGCUUGGAGACUACUACAGGGAGUCUAUCUGUCGUGGUGGCAUUCCCGACCAUGCAUUCUGGGAUUUAUUGAUGGACUGGACGUGCGGACCAGGGAAGCGUGAGGAUGCCGGUAAGAUGGUAGAAAAGUAUGGAACUUGGAACGAUUAUUGGGAGGACAAAAAGCCGAAGCUUCGAAACAUCAUUACUCCGAUGUAUGCCACUGCCAGCUUCUCAACCAGGCUACAUACCGAAGGAUCACUCAGAGGAUUUCAGCUCUCUCGGUCAUCUGAGAAAUGGUUGCGCUGGAUUGUAACCCAGGAAUGGCACGACCUUUACCGGCCAGAGAAUAAUGACGACUUGCAGCGAUUCUUCGACAAGUACAUGCUCGACAAAGACAAUAACUGGGAACAUACACCUCGCGUCCGAUACUCACUUCUGGGCUACAAUCGUCCAAGCGUGAUCCACUUGCCGGCUAAUCAGUAUCCACCAGCAAAGUUCAAGUACGAAACCUUGUUUCUCGAUGCGACCAGCGGAACUCUAGGGUACGAUAAACCGUCAGCUGAGGGCGUGAUUGAGUACCAAGCGGAUUCGCCUUCUGACAACGGAUGCUCGUUCGUCUACACCUUCGAGGAGUACACCGAGCUGUGUGGUAUCUCGAAGGCCAAAGUAUACAUGUCAACACCUGAUCAUGACGAUAUGGACGUCUACGUCGUGCUACGUAAGCUCGACAACAACGGCAAAGAACUGUGGCAUAAGAACAUUCCCAUGGAAGACCUUCCAAAGGGCACAACAGAGGCCGAUAUUCCGAACCAUAACGUCUGGCGCUACAUCGGACCCAACGGCCGUCUUCGUGCAUCGCAUCGCGCCGUCACCUAUGAGUCGCUUCCGGACCUUAGCCCAGAUGGAUACGAGAAACUGAUGGGACCCGCGUACGUGUACCAUCCGCAUACAGCAACACAACCAUUACGCCGCGACCAAGUUGUCGAGCUUGAGAUUAGUCUCUGGCCUGGAGGUAUUAUCUUUGAUGCUGGGGAAUCAAUGAGGCUCGAGUUUGCGGGCAGAGUUCAAAUUCUGCAAGAUUUUGAUGGCGUGAACGAGCAUCUGGUAAAUUACAACGUUGGGCGGCAUAGGCUACACACAGGUGCAGGAUAUGAGUCUCAGUUCUUAGUGAACCUGUGGAGGAACGGCAAACAAGGUGACAUCGUUGAGGAGGCUUAG